AUAGUAGGUCUAUUUACUUUUGUUAUGUUUCAGAGCUCAAUGAAAUAUUUCAUUUUUCGAUGAAAUAGUCUAGAACUGUCAAGAGUUUUUGUUUGAGUAAUUUUUAUAAUAAUUUGAAACCUAGAAAAUACUAUACAAAUUUCAGUUUUGGAAUCAUUGUGAGAUAAAUAUGGAAAUGAGAAAACAUUUUUCUGAGACUGAUUUACCAGUGAAUACAAAAAUUAGUAUAAAUGCUAAAAGACGAAUACUAUCAAUAAGAAACAAUCCCACUACUACAGAUUCUCAAAUAACGAAGAUCGUAUCUUCACAAGCCGCUGGUGAUUUGAAAAUAAGCGAUUCUUUAGUCAGAAAACAAAAACAAAUUGAGAAAGUUGAAGAGGAUUUUGCUAGCAGUGCUUCAGAGACUACAGUUUUAAGUAGUCUCAAAACAAGUGGAAGUGAUAUUACUAUAAGGAAUGACACCUCAAAAACUGGGGAUGAUAGAAAGAGCGACUAUGCCAAUAACAACGUAAUCAAUGCAAGCAUUUCAGAGGAGGAAGAUGAUGAUGAAAAAGAUGAGGAAGAAGAUGAAGAUGAUGAUGAAGAGGAGGAGGAGGAAGAGGAAGAAGUAGAAGAGGAGGUUAAGAAGAAGGAAAUGAUCAGAAUAGAACAGAAAAAGGUCCAUAAUGUGAAUAAAUAUGAAGAUAGAAAAACUAAUCACAAGAAAGUGGAUACCUAUAAAGAAGAAUUUCAGAUACUAGAGACGAUUCUAUCGUCAGCGGUUAUUUGGAUCCACUUUUUUGUGGUGAUAGUUUGGAUAAUUACCGUCACUUCUUGGUAUGUGUUACCGCUAAUGGGAGUGGAGGACACUUUCAUAGACAAGCUUAUGACAACUCAAGAUGAAAUAGAAUAAGGAACCGGAGACGGAAUAUGAGAAAGCAUCUGCUGAAAAUAAAGCAAAAUCUAUUCGGCUAUAAUUAGAAAGAUAUUUAUGUCAACAAAGCAAGAUAUAAUGAAAUAUAAUUGGAAAUAAAUUUUGAUCGACAAGAAAUAGAUUUAAAAUUACUUGGAGAAUGAACGGAAAAUCAGGUUUUUUAUUCAGAUAGAAUAAAUUUAUCCUUAAAAUCAGAUCAAGUUACAGUGAUAAAAGUCAGUUAUUCUAUCAGAUCUGUUUCUCGUAUACAUACAUAGAGUUACUAUAACUCUAUGAUACUAGCAGAUGAAAAUCCGUUCACUAAACCCAAUAUGAAAAUUUAAACACGAUCUAAAUCAAUGAUAUUAAAUUAAUGCGGUUAUGCACAAAAUGUGUGAAAUGUCGAAUAAAACCAUUCUGCUCAAAAAUAAACUGAGUAUUUUUUCAACGAACUAGAAA